CUGCAGCCGUGCCACCCCAAGCGAAAAUAUGCCCGUUUAUAAGACCUCCAAUCCCCGGAAAAGGGUCAAAUCACGCGCUGGCUGUCGCACCUGCAAACAACGACGUCUGAAGUGCGACGAGAAACUCCCAUCUUGUUCUCGCUGCGAGAAGCGAGGGCUAAGUUGUCCAGGGUAUACAAGGAAUGUAAAAUGGUCCGACAAAUAUGAGCGCUGGCUGCCGGGCGAGAAAGACCAGGACCACACCUCCAGCAAAUCCCAUGCAGACUGGUUCAUUCAAGAGGCCGGUAAGCUGGAGGCUGCCAUCGCCGGCAGGGCUGAUGGCUAUACCGCUACUCAAAGUGGCAGCUCCGCCGUCGACAUCACCGACUCGGACGAUCCAACUCAUAGUUCGAUUACUGAGUCGUACCUACCAUGCGAAGGGCGAUGGACCACAUCACCUCCCUUGUCUCCGGUGCUACAUGGCUAUCUGGAGCCGUUGACAGACAGACUGUUGAGGUAUUACUUCUCGCGGGUUUGUGGCAUCCUGUCCGCCUUUGACUCGCGCCAGAACCCCUUCCGAUCGCUGGUCCAGGAGCUUAUGCCCACCCAUCCAGCGCUGUUGCACUGUGUGCUUGGUAUGUCUGCUGCGCAUUUGCACCAAAAGGAGAGAGGUCAGACGAGAUCGCUCCGGCAUCGUGCACAGGCUCUAUCCGAACUGGGAUCGAAUAUCACCCAGGUCAUUCAUGCCGAGAAGGCAGUGGCACCACCCAGCUCCAGCACGACCGCCCUCCUGCUUACGGCAAUCAUGCUUGGGAUGACCUCCACAUGGCACGAUGUGUCUUCCCUAGACCUUGUCCAUCUGCAAGGCGCCCGAGCGUUGUUCAGACAAUGGAAUGGCCCCGCCCUCUGCGAUCCGCAUUGUAGCUUUCUGGUAGGGGUAAUGGCUUUCUGGGAGUCACUUGCCUCGUUCCAUGUGGACCAGGACGUCGAGUCUGUAGAUUACCUGUUCGAUGUCUGUGGCAACACGACCAGUCUUGGUGCCUGCGUUCCGAACCCAUUAACGGGUGUCUGCACGGUAUUGUUUAUCUACAUGGCUAAAGUAGGUGCUUUAUCAAGACAGCUUCGUCACUUUGACCGCCUUUGGGGUAUAUCGAGCGCCCACGCUUCCAAUGGCGAUUCUUAUGCCCCUCUUCUCGAAAAGGCCAGGGCGAUUGAACUCCUGGUGCGGUCAUACUCGCCGCCCCCUCUGCAAUGCAUCCUGGAGACGGCGGAUGAUCAUACUCCGCCUGUUCAUCUACACACCAUGAGCCAAGUGUACCGGCUGACCAUUCUGCUGGAGCUGUAUCGAUUGUUCCCUGGUUUACUCGGUCCUCCCGCUUGCCAAACUGCAGCGGACCCGGGAUUGUCACACUCCAGCCACCUCCUCGUUUCCCUUGCCAUUGAGAUCCUGACCUUACUGCUAUCGCUAGGAGAAAGUACGGGCACCAAGGCGAUCCAAUUACUUCCCUGGAUUAUUGCUGGAAGCGCCCUGCAGAAUUGUGUGGCGUCACCCAGUCCCCUCACACCCUUCCCCCUCAGUUGCGGUUCCUAUGCGAGCAUUAUGUCGAUCUGUCAUAGCAGUAUGACCAUCCACUAUUGGCGAACGGUGGUGCGUGAGAGAAUUCGCAGCCUGCAUCGCUAUGUGGGCCUGGAUUCCGUGGGAUAUGCCACUCGGCUGGUGGAGCGGGUAUGGCGGCGGGCCGAUCACCGGGUCGGCGCUGCCGAUACGACACGCCGUCUGGUGGGUUGGACCGAGGUGAUGCUGGAAGAGAACUUGCAGACUUUUUUUGGCUAGAGAUAGCAGCGUCAGCAGAGUAUUCCCCUGUGGAAUCAACUUAUCAAUUUGUACUGGAUUACCGCCUUGAGUUGAUAAGAUCGAUCUGCCCUUCCGCCUCGUACU